UCCAGCGUCUCUUAAAAUAUGCUCCAAAAAGUAACCAAACCAAAAACCCUAAGGCUUCGAAGUUCGAAUUCUUCAAUUUUAUAGAAAUUAGAGUUAGGACUUUUGUGAGUGCAGGGAGCUAUGGCAACUACGGCGACGCCCAAUACCACGGCGGCGAAGAGGAAGCCUGUGUUUGUUAAGGUGAAUGAUCUGAAGCCCGGAACGAAUGGACAUACGCUGACGGUGAAGGUGGUGAGCUCGAAUCCGGUGACGCAAAAGAGCGGUGGUGGUCGUGGUGGUAAUUCAUUGGCAGUGCCUCUGAAUCCACGGCCUCGUACUCGUAUUGCCGAGUGCCUCGUUGGUGACGAGACUGGUACUAUUCUCUUCACUGCCCGUAAUGAACAAGUUGAUGCUAUGAAGCCAAACACCACUGUGAUUCUGCGCAAUGCAAAGAUUGACAUGUUCAAGGGGUCCAUGAGGCUAGCGGUUGACAAAUGGGGACGUGUUGAGGUCACUGAACCUGCUAAAUUUGUAGUUAAAGAAGAUAACAAUCUCUCUCUAGUGGAGUACGAGUUGGUCAAUGUUGUUGAAGAAUAAGAGGGAUUUAUCAGAAGUGAAUAGUUUGAAGUUAUUGAAAGCUUGAUUCUUGUUUUAACGAUCAACUGCUACGACUGCACUUUCACGAAAUUGGUUGACAAAUUACAAUAUGUAGUGAUAUUUCCCCUUAACUAUUACUUCCAUCACUAGCAAGAGAUGUAAGAGUCCUGUGGAUAUGAUUGGCAUCAAAUAGAGUUCUGAUUCUGGUUGUGGGUUUAUCCUCUUUUGGGGCUAGAGAUGUGAACUAAAUGUGGUGUUAAUAGCAAAUAUCUCGUCUUUAUUUUACAUUUUCAAUUGUUUCCUUUUAUUCCUUCUUAUUAUUUACCCUCUCAUUUUUGGAAGUUAUUAAAAUGUCUGUGAAGUUGAAAGGAUGAUUAGUCCCAGGAUUCCUAUGUCUUUGCAUGAAUUUAGAAGAGGAGACUGCAAAUUUGUUCUGGAAUCUGGUCUAUCUCAAAAAGCUCAUGUUUUUCAUAAUUUCCUUUAACCAGAGAGGAAGAGGUACCCAAUUGAAUCUUAUAUUGCCAUACCU